AUGGAGUCCCAUAGACGCCUAUUCGACGAAUCUACCAACAAAAAUUCACGGUUUCUGGGAGACCAAGCCCAAUCUCGAGCCUGCGACGAGCACAUCAGCUCAGCGCGACACAAGUACCGUGCCGUCGAGGGCAUCAUGAAGUGUGUCUGCCGGACCUUAAAGGCCAAGAAUCUGGAGUCGUGCUGUCGUCCUCACAAACGCAAUGCCCCAAAAGGCCCAGACACGAUUUAUGAGACUGAAGCAAAGUGUGGUGGGAAGACCGCAUGUGCAUGCAUCGAUGACGAGAACGAGAUCACGGUCGCCAAAGUACCCUUGUCAUGCUCCCCAGCAGCCGCUGCCCGACCCGGAGAAAGCAGGCCUCAAGGAUGCAAGCCCCAGUCAAAAACAAAUCUAAAACCGGCUUGCGAAGUCUCCCAAGCGGUCACUGACGUCGAGAAAGGAGAAGCACAUCUCGAGCACGUCGAGCUGACUGUCAACGGAAUGGACUGCUCAGGCUGUGAAGCCAGCUUGUCAAGAGCCCUCGCCACUUUCCCGGAGAUUCACCACCUGCAAAUCAGUGUGAUUCUUGCUCGAGCAGCAUUCGAUCUCGACACAAGCCGGCUGUCAGCGGAUCAGGUCAUCGCAUACAUCGGAAGGGCCACGAAAUUCACAUGCGAGAAGGUCAGUAGGAAAAGUCGGCAAAUCGAAGUCAUCCACCCACGGGGAUCGAAGUCGUUGGUUCAACAAGCCAGGCCCAUUGGGAUCGUCGACGUGAGAGCUGUCACUGAAACCACGGCUCUGGUCGAGUACGACCCGGCGCUGGUCGGAGCUCGAGCGUUGCUGGACAGAUCCUUCGACGUUCCUUUGACGCUCGCUCCGGCCAGACCUGCUGAAUCCGUCGAAGCGGGCAAGAAACAAGUCCGCAGAGAUGGAUUGAUCACCCUGGGCUCCUCCAUCCUCACGAUCCCUGUGCUCGUCCUGGCGUGGGCACCAUUGCCUGAGAAUCCAGUGACUUACGGGUCUGUGUCUUUGGCCCUAGCCACGAUCAUCCAAGUGUGUAUCGCGGGCCCGUUCUAUCCUGUUGCCUUCAAAGAUCUGGUCUUCUUCAGACUCAUUGGCGUGGAGUUGUUGAUCGUUCUCAGCACCAGCGCGGCCUACCUCUUUUCCGUCAUCGCAUUCGCCUACCAAAUGAAAGGAGAACCGCUGAGCACCGGAGCCUUCUUCGCGGCGAGCACUUUGAUCGUCAGCCUUAUUAUGCUCGGACGAUUCAUCAGUGCUUGGGCUCGCCAGCGGGCUGCAGAGUCAAUUUCGGUGCGGACCUUACAGGUGCCGAUAGCUGUCCUGCUCGACGACAAGUCAACAUCGGAGAGAGAGAUUGAUGCCCGUCUUCUUCAAUACAGAGAUGUUUUCAAGGUCGGUCCCCAUUCGCGCAUUGUCACUGAUGGCACGGUCAUCCGAGGCCAUUCCGAGGUUGACGAAUCCAUGGUGACUGGCGAGUCACGCCCCGUAGCCAAGGGAGCAGGUUCUCCAGUUGUCGCGGGGUCCAUGAACGGUCCAGGUAUAUUGCAUGUCCAUCUCAGAUGUCUCCCUGGUGACAAUACCGUAAGCGCAAUCGCGGACAUGGUGGACGAGGCGAAAAUGAGCAAAGCCCAAACGCAGGAGAUAGCCGACCGCGUCGCGGGCUACUUUGUCCCAGUGGUUGUGGGAAUCACUAUCAUCACCUUCGUCGGUUGGAUCGGCUACGGGAUUGGGAAAAGAGGUUAUUCAGGUUCCGAAGCGGUGGAGAAUGCAGUCACUUAUGCCAUUGCCGUGCUGAUUGUCUCCUGUCCCUGCGCCAUCGGACUUUGCGUGCCGAUGGUCAUUGCAAUCGCCGGCGGAGUUGCAGCAAAGCAUGGGGUGAUAUUCAAGACUGGCCAGACCAUCGAAAUUGCGAGAAAAACAAACCAUGUUGUCUUUGACAAGACCGGCACUCUCACGGAAGGAGUGCUGUCAGUCGUGGAGGAAAUUUUCCCAGAAGGAGAAGAGAUGUCCAUCAAGCCACUGAUCUUGGGAUUGGUUGGGAACGUAAAACACCCGGUGUCUGCUGCAGUGGCCCGAUCACUCAAGAGUCAAGGAGUCUGUCCGGCACAGGUGGACAAGGUCAAGAUGCUGGUUGGAAAGGGGCUGCAAGGCACUUCUCAGGGCAGCAAGAUAGCUGCAGGAAAUUGUCGUUGGCUUGGUUUACAGCACUCGGCCAUUCGAGAUCUCGCGUCCAGAGGACUCACGGUCUUUUGCGUUGUCAUUGAUACACACCUCCGUGCCGUCUUUGGGUUGGAAGACUCCAUCCGAGAAGACAGUCAAGGCGUCAUCGGUGAGCUCCGAACGCGCAAUAUCGCCGUUUCCCUUGUCAGUGGCGACGAUGAUGGGCCAGUCCAGAGAGUCGCGUCCCGAUUGGGCAUCCCGCAAUCUCACGUGAGAUCUGAGUGUUCUCCCAGGGACAAGUUGGAAUAUCUCCGGGACAUCAUGAGAGACGGGCAAGCUGUGGUCAUGUUCUGCGGCGACGGCACCAACGACGCGCCCGCUUUGGCUCAAGCCAACAUCGGCAUUCACGUCAACGAGGGCGAGGGCAGCGAGGUCGCGCAGAGCGCAGCGGAUGCGAUCCUAGUGAGACCGUAUUUGGGCGGAAUCCUGUCCCUGAUUGAUCUCUCACGGGCAGCUUUCAGACGGAUCAUGCUCAACUUCUGCUGGUCCUUCACCUACAACCUCUUUGCUGUUCUCCUUGCGGCCGGGCUUUUCGUCAGAUGGAGGAUUCCACCGCAAUACGCUGCUCUGGGCGAGCUUGUCAGCGUUCUGCCUGUGAUUGGAAUCGCCCUGCUUCUGCGGUACAUCAAGCUCUAG